CUUCGGGAGAAUGGUAUACACCAAGCCGCCCUGAACUUAAACUCAUGGGUACCAGGAUAUGCGGCUUAACAUCAGCUUACUUUGUACACCAAUCCCGCGGGUCGGGUCCGGCAGUUGAUUGACAAUGCUCUUCGGUUCUUAGUUAAUGAUAUAAGACGCGGCGUUGCGACGCAGCGGCGGAAACGACGGCGCCUUGAACAAACAUCAAUCCUCAAAGAAUGUCCGCAAACGGGUCAACUACAGCAAACUUUCAGAACCACAACGGUCUUCCAAUCGCAAUCAUUGGUGGCGGACUUGGUGGUGCUGCGCUUGCUAUCGGUCUUCUCAAACAUGGGGUUAAAGUGCACAUCUACGAAGCCUCUGCAUCCUUCUCUGAGAUAGGUGCCGGCGUUGGGUUCGGUGCUAACGCCACGACGGCCUUACACCUCAUCGACCCUCGACUGCUGGAAGGCUACAUGAAACAUGCAACGAUCAACACAGACCCUGAACGCGAAAACACCUUCAACACGGUCAGAUGGGGUAUGGACGAGCGACGACCCAAUGGAGCGAAAGCUGGAGAUCUCGCUUUCCAUCAGACUGACGCCAAGAAGACACCAGAUGCGCCGGCUGGAUUUUGUAUGCGAGGCCGUAUACAUCGGGCGCGUCUGCUCGACGAGAUGGUCGCAUUACUUCCCACAGACGUAACAAGCUUUGGCAAAAGCUUCCAUAGUGUCGAGCAAGUGGGUGCAGGUAUGCUCAAGAUAAGCUUCGCCGACGGAACGACUUCUCUAGCCAGUGCACUCAUUGGUUGCGAUGGCAUCAAGAGCAAGGUACGAAGCUUCGUAUGUGGUCCAGAUAUAAAGGCGAAGUAUGCUCAUGAGGUCGCGAUAAGGGCUAUGGCGCCAGGUGAAGAGGUCAAGAAGGUGCUAGGAGCAGAAAUGGCUCUGAACAGUACGUUGUACUGCGGCUAUGGAGGAUAUUGCAUCACCUACCCUGUCGACCACGGAGAGUUUAUCAAUAUGGUCGCUAUGCCACACGAUCAAUCCCUCACCAGCACUUGGGAUCAGGAUGACUGGAUAGUACCCACGAGCGCGGAUGAGGUCUGCGAGAAGUUUAAAGACUUCUAUCCGCCACUCAUCGAUCUUAUUGCGAGACAUGCCCUACCGUCCAAAUGGGCACUCCACACUCUUCAGCACGAUAGGCCAUACUUCAAGGGCCGUGUCUGUCUGCUGGGCGAUAGCGCGCACGCCACGACUCCUCACAUGGGAGCUGGAGCCGGCAUGGCUAUGGAAGAUGCAUAUAUUCUUAGUUGCCUAGUAGCUGCUGUCGGUCGUUCUGAUAACAUUGAGGCUGCCUUCAAGGCCUAUGAUGCUGUCAGACGACCUAGAACACAGGGAUGUAUUCAAAGGAGUAUAGAAGCUGAUCUGGCAUACAACUUCAUGAUUGAAGGAAUAGAAGAUGACAUGGAAAAGAUCGAGCAGAAGCUCAAUGAGAACUUUCGGUGGCUUUGGUAUGAGGAUUUGGAAGAGCAACUGCGCAGGGCGCAAAAGGUUCUCUGGGAAAUAAGCGGACAUGACGUUAGUCAGCUUUAGCUUGCUCGGUUUUUAUGUUUGCGUAACUAUUCUGAGUUCCUACAAUUAAUUACUUUAUCUCCUUCC